AUGGCGUCAACAGAGGUACACAAAGUGCCCGUUUACUCUGUCAAUGAUCUCAAAUCAACAACAGACGAUGCUCUUGCACCGCAUUUAACUACCCUACCCCAGCCCUACGCCUUUACUCAAGACCACACGAAGACCAACGUCCGCUUCCUACUAGGCUAUUCUGCCGUUGCCAUUGCAGCAUUCACAUUCUAUGCCGAUCGCAAGCUAGGAUGGGAGGCAACGCAGUCAACAUGGGUCAUAGCGGCCGUGGUUUCGUACUUUAUCCUGAAUACUUUGCUCACAUACUGGAUCUGGGCCGUGGAGGCUGGUGAGGUAUUUCGUGGAAAGCGCAAGUCCGGUGAAACGAUUACCAUUCGCUCCUCCGCAAAGAAACACUCUCCAUUGUAUAAACUCCGUGUGCAGUAUACAUCAUCUGCGAAUAAGGUCCUCGAGGAAAAGGAAAUCGAGACAUCUUUCACAACAUGGUUUUCUGCAGAUGGGACUUUUCAUCCUGAGCCUCUUAAGAAGUGGCUAGCAAGCGAGAUCCAGGUGCUGCGGCUUGCGGCAAAGGAGAAAUAA